AAUUCUGGGGCUGUUCCCCGAUUUAAAAUGGCUGCGCCCUGUGGGCCCCUCGGUGCCCUGUGAGGGGAGGAGGGCGGGCUCUUCCCCAGCUUUGCCAACGCGCACCUCAGCCAUGGCCCUCCGGUCGCGGUGUUGGGAGUUGCUGCCGGUUUGCAGGAACUCUGGACGAAGGGUCGCGGCGCUGUCGACCAGUUCCCCGCCUGCCGAGAAGCCGGGAGAACCCUCGGAGAAUGAAAAUGUUGCCCCAGAAUUCACCAACCGGAACCCCCGGAACCUGGAGCUCCUGGCGGUCGCGAGGAAAGAGCGCGGCUGGGGGACGGUGUGGCCCUCCCGCGAGUUCUGGCACAGGCUGCGAGUUAUAAGGACCAAUCUUCACACGGAGGUGCUAGUCGAGCAUCGCAAUGGCCAGGUGGUGGUCUCGGCAUCCACUCAAGAGUGGGCCAUCAAGCAGCACUUGUACAGCACCAAGAAUGUGGUGGCCUGCAGGAGCCUUGGACAGGUGCUGGCGGGGCGGUGCUUGGAGGCCGGAAUCAGCUUCGUGGUCUUGCAGAUGACUCCGUGGGAGGUGACCUCGCAAUCGAUGAAAGAACUGCAGGACGCCCUGACCGAAGGCGGCGUGGUGCUCAAGGAGCCGCGGAGAAUCUACGAGUGAAGGCGGGGCGUGGCCGCUCACGGGAGCGACUGGCGGUCCAGGCCACGGCACCCUCCCCUUGAACGUGCGUCCUUCACAUCAAGGACUCAAUUUCUCCCACUCUCGGACUCUGGGACGUGAGUCCAGAUCUGAGGAAAACUGUCUGCAGCUGACUGCCCUGGGAAGGGCCGACUGAAUGCUGUCUGUGCGUUGAAGAAUAAAGGCUGAUUCCAAGCUG